AUGAAAGUAUUUUAUUAAAAAUCAAGUCAACAUCAACUAUGGGAUAUUAUGAAUUAUGAAUAGUUCAUCUAAUAAACACAGAAUGUAUUUUAGUUAUCAAAAGGUACUUACACUAUCAAAUCAAAAAGUAAUAAUUAACAAAUUAGAACAACUAAAGAUUUAUAAUUACAUGGAUCAUAAGCAGGAAUUAUUAUAGAACCGUAAUAUUUUGAUUAUUUAUUAUCAGUCAUCAAUAAAGUUUAUUUUCAGUAUUAGGUGUUCAUUUACCAGAAAACAAUAAUCCUUAAUCUCAUAGAAUUGUCAAAUAAAAGAUUCCAACACUUAAAAAGUAACUUAAAACUGAACACGAUGGAGUUGAAAGUUUUAAGAAAAUACUCCAUAUUGGAAAUAGUAAUUUAAGCAAUGAUUGGAAAUAAAUAAUUACAAGAAUCAAAGAUCUUUAAACUGAAUCAUAUUACUUUAAAAAUCAUAUGUAAGAAAAUUUUGGCACUUUUUAAGAAGAAAUUGAGGCGUAUUUAUUAUAAUUAAAUUUAGAUUAAUUGAUGAAGCAAACUAAUUGUAAUUAUAAUAGUAAUAAGUAUUUUAGUAAAAUUCUGAAUUAUUAUAAAAAAUAGAAUCAACAAAAAAAGAAAUUAUUGAAUAAUAACUACAAUAUGAUACUCUAAAAAAUUAAUUUAAAUAGGAGAAUAUUGAAUAUUUCAUUUAAUCUAAAUAACAACAAAAUAGAAAUUAAAUUAAAAUAUUUAAGUACAUUGAUGAAUUUGAUUCCUUUUUAAAUGAAAAUAAAUUUAUUUUAGCAUAUGGAGCUAAUUUAGAUAUCAGAAAGAAAUUACAAUAUUUUAAAAAUAAAUAUUUAUAAUUAAGUAAAUGA